AUGGUCAAGACGGUCCUGCUACCCGCCAUCUCGCCACGUCUUGCGCCUCUGCCGUCCUCACCUGCCCGGGCUCUGAUGCGCGUCACCCGGCCCGGUUCUGCUUCCCCCUCACGUGUCCCCUCCCGGGCGGCGGCGCGCUGCGGUCACAGUCGCCGGCGGCGUCAGCGCGGGCGGUGGCGGCGGGGCCCCGGCGGCCCGGCUGUCCGGCGGCGGAGCGCACGGGCGGCGCCGGGCCGCGGGCUCGCGCGCGCCGCACGUGCUGGUGGAGCCCGCGCCGCCAGGACCGUCGUGGUGUGCCGCAGCGGGGACCCGUUCUACGUGGGCCGCAAGUUCGUGCCGUCGCGGCGCCGCGUGGCCGCCUUCGAGGCGCUGCUGGAGCGGCUGACGGAGCGGGAGGUGCCCUUCGCUGCGCGGCGCCUCUUCACGCCGACGCGCGGGCGCCCGGUGAGCGAGCUGGACGCGCUGCAGGCCGCCGGCAAGUACGUGGCGGCCGGGCGCGAGCGCUUCCGGAAGCUGGAUUAUUUUAAUAUAGGUCCCAGCAAACCUGCAAUGAUGAGAAAGUUGAAGGAAAUCAAGCCGGUGGUACCUUGUGACAUACGCGUGCCUUCCAGGGGGCGAGCGUUCCAUCGUUUAUCCCGACAAAUCACUGUUUUCACAAAUGGAAGAUUAUUUAUUCCACCUGUAAAGAUUGUGAUACCCAAAUUCAGCCUGACGGGGUGGAACUGAGUGCUGGCCACGAUCGGAGAGAAGGUCUUUCCUCUGGGAGGCGUUCGAAAAUUAUUUACAAAGAACGGGCAUCUUCUGGACAACUCAGAGGAUUCGCAAGACAACCAUUUUUACGUUGCGGCAGGUCUGGAGGCCUUCAAGUAUUUCCCUUAUUGGAAGUCCCCAAAGGUCCCCAGCGAAGUCCAACAAAAGCCUGCGUGCAACAAUGAAGACCCAACGCAGCCAAAAAAAAAAAAAGAUCCCAAGGUGAAAGAAAAUCAUAAAUAUGACAACAUUCCACCCAAAGCACUGGAAUCUAUUUUUUACGCCAAAGAAGGAAGGAAGAAACCAAAGGCAGAACCUUUAAUCCAGAGUGGGGCAGAUGGUGACGUGUAUAAAACCCAGACUCCUAACGAGGAAACCCAAGGAGCACCAGAAGUUAAGGAGGCCCCGGACGUGCAUGUGGAGGUGCCUGUGGACCAGAAACCAGCCGAGAUCGUGAAAGAAGAGACACAUGGUCACAUGCCUAAUUUUGAAAGCAACAAGCAUCUCUCAAGAACCUCAGCAAGAGUAAGAAAGUGGUUCCGUUUCCUGGUGCACGGCAUGCACCUUCGUGGCACUCAGGUGUGCCUCUCUGAGGAGUUUGAGGACACAGGGCAGAAUGUGAGGCGGGCUUCCCUGGUGGAAAGGGUGUCGGGCAGGAGAGCGGCCGCGGGGCUGUGCCGGACCCUGCAGGACUGGACCUCCAUGUGGUCUGAUCUGCUGAUUUUCCGUGGGUUUGUUCUCGGCCAGGGCCCCAGGGCUGGGGACCGCGGCCAGCACGCGCGAGCCCUCCAGACGUACUUGUUGAACCAGCCCCUCCCGGCAACAUCCCAGUUCCGUGACAAGACCUAG